AUUUUGCUUUCAAGAGGUCGGCGGGUCAACAAAAAUGUGUUAGUGUUGUUCUAGUACGUAGACUUGGAAAAUAUUAUUCGUCAUCAUGGUUUUUGCUCUUUGGCUUUAAAUAUAGUCUUGUUUCGUAUGCAUGUGAAGAAUUAUAAGACUCAGAGCAAAUUCCAUGCCCCUUGAAAUUCUUCUAACCACUCUGUUCUAAGUGGAUAUGUAUAUAUAUAUAUAUAUAUAUGCAUGUUAACGGCUCUGGUAGCUAAUCUACUCUGAUCUGUCUAUUGCAUAAUAAUUAUGUUGUAUAUUUUGUAUUACUAUAUAUUUAUAACGAUAUGCAGAAGUUGACUGAUAAGUUUUGCAGAUAUUUAUUGCUCACAUCAAAUUAUUUUAAUAGCAGGACACAUAUCAGAAAAUACUCACAUUUAAGUUGUAAGAGAAAGUCAUGCACUGUGGACAGAGUUCAAAUAUCGAAUUUUGGACAAAUAUACAUCCCCAGCCAGCAAGUGCAAUCAUAUGCAAAUGCAAAACCAAGAUUUUGUUUGAAGAGACUUACAUUAAAAUCCAAUGAUUUAAAUAAGAUAAAACAAAUGAGUGAACCUUGGCAGCCCACUCCAAACCAUGUUAGCUAUGGAGGACAGUUUAUUGAAAUUUCUAGUGAUGACGACAGUGCCACUGAAUCUUGGCAGGAGAACUACAGUAGGGAGUCUACAAGUUGUGCUAGUCAACCUCUGAAUUCCUCAAAUAUACCACCAGAUUUUCGGGUCUGGGAGUCAACUGGCAAAACUACUAAAUACAACAGUGGUAACCCGUUGAGGUUUCGCGUGCUGUCGUACAACGUAUUAGCGCAGUAUCUGUUAGAAUGUCACCCGUACUUGUACACAGAGUGCACGCCUCGGAACUUGAAGUGGAAGGUCCGAGCGGCGCGACUAUAUGACGAAAUAUUGAAGUUGGCGCCCGACAUUUUAUGUCUCCAAGAAGUACAAGCGUCUCAUCUAAACAGUUUUUACUCUAAAUUUGAGAAAAUUGGUUACUCUGGAAUAUUUAAAAGAAAAACGGGACACCGGCACGAUGGAUGCGCCAUUUAUUUCAAACACUCGCUUUUUGAAUUGCAAGAUACUGUCAGUGUGGAGUUCUACCAACCGGAGCUUCCGAUCCUCAACCGCGACAACAUAGGCAUGAUGGUGAAGCUGGUCCCGCGGCACUGCCCCGACACCCCCAUCGUGGUGGUCACCACUCACCUGCUCUACAACCCUAAGCGCACCGAUGUCCGGCUGGCUCAGAUGCAAGUGUUGCUGGCCGAGAUUGACAGAUUUGCGUAUUUCAACAAUGGGAGAGAAUCGGGUCAUAUACCCGUGAUCUUGACCGGAGACUUUAACUCGACGCCGGAUAGUGCUGUCGUCAGGCUGCUCGACAAGGGACAAGUAAGCGCCAGUCCGUUCCGGGACAGCUCGGAUUGGAAGAAAAUUGGAGUGACAGAUAACUGCCAACAUCUCUCCGUUUACUUGAACCGGUCCAAAGGAUUGCCUACUGAUUUUUGCAUGACAAAGAUAUACAAUUCUGAAUACCGGGCCAAUUUGCCCGAGCUCGAGGACGCGUCAGCCAGCCGCGGCGAGGAGUACGGCGAGCUGUUCAACAGCGGCGCGCUCGGCCACUCGUUCAACCUGGCGUCGGUGUACGACAAGGUCAAACACGACGGCAGCCACGAGGCCACCACCUUCCAGGACUACUGGGUCACGGUGGACUACAUUUAUUUUAGCAGCUGCAGCAGCUUGAAGCUGGUGGAGAGGCUGAGGCUGCCGACGGCGGCCGAGUGCCAGACGCUGGGCAAGCUGCCCAACGACGUGUAUGGCUCCGAUCACCUCGUCCUAGGGGGAACCUUCGAACUUAAGCCAGUUCACUCUUCCUUAUAACGUAUCCUUCCUUCCACAUAAUUAUAGAUGGUCAAGCAAAUCUUGUCAGUAGAAAAAGGUGCGAAAUUCAAAUUUUCUAUGAGCCGAUAUCCCUUCGCGCCUACAUUUUUCAAAUUUGGCGCCUUUUUCUACUGACAAGAUUUGCAUGACCAAGUUUAUAUUGCUUUGAAAAUCACCACCAGCGGACAAUAUUUUUAUAGUAGCGAUAAGCAUAAUUACUGUCGCACGCUGGUAUUUUGAUGAUUAUUGACAUGAUUCAAAUCUGCUGACGCGUAGUAAAGAUAUAGGAAGUGCUCCUGGUCGCAGUGGAAGUGACAUUAACAACAUAAGGACUUUUGAAAUAUAUUGGAAUUGUUCGUAAAAUACAUACAUAAAACUAGAUUCUAGACAGUACAACAUUUUUAUUUUGGACUCAUCAACAUCAUGCAUUGUUAACAUCAAAGAAAAUUAAAGAAACAUGCUAGAUAGGUACCAAUUAAGACACAUUUUUAUAGGGUCGAUAACGUAGUGUUAUAGCCCCCUGGCGUUGCAAGCUUUCAUAGUCAACCAUAUUAAAUUUUUGACAAAAGUUCCAUAUCAAUUCUGUACAUAAUUUCGUCGACCAAGGGCACUUCUUAGGUUUUUAUCUAUUUUAUAAUUACCAUACGAAGUUGUGACAAAAUAGGGUGUUGUAAGAAAGCUUGGAGGUGUAGUCAGGGUGACUAUAUUGAAUUGUUAACGCCAAUAGAAAAGUAAAUGUUUGAAAAUAC